GCAAGACAUCUGUAUAUUUGUGACUUUCACAAAAACUUAAUUCAGAGUGUGAGAAAUAGAAGAAAGAGGAAAGGCAGCGAUGAUGACGGUGACUCACCAGUGCAAGACAUUGACACGCCAGAGGUUGAUUUAUAUCAGUUACAAGUAAACACACUUCGAAGGUACAAAAGACACUUCAAGCUACAGACCAGACCAGGACUUAACAAAGCACAGCUUGUUGAAAUAAUUGGCUGCCAUUUUAGGACAAUUCCAGUGAAUGAAAAGGACACCUUAACAUAUUUCAUCUACUCAGUGAAGAACGACAAGAACAAACCAGAUCUAAAGAUGGAUAGUGGGGUUCAUUAGACGGAAAAGGUUGAAAAGUUGGGACUGAGACUCAGGCUGCAAAUCGAAAGACUGAGGGUUUUUGUUGAUAUGCAAAAGCUUUCUUUGUAACUUUUUCUCCCCAGAGAGUUUGUCUCUGUUUUAUUUUUCAUAACCUUGCUGAUUUGUUUAAAAACCAUCUCUUAUGAAACAAAUUUCCUCAGCAAAAGUAUUUUAAAUAAAUAUCACUGAUAUGGUUGCU